AUGCGUCUGCGCAUGAAAUAGACGUAGGCGAUUGAGGGCUGUUUGGGUCCUCCCGUUUUGUUGGCAAAAGAAGCUUAGAAAAUGGACAAAAAAGCGGCGGUUGAUAAUGUAGAAGUGCGCCUACAGGCACUGGAGACUCGUAUAUAUGGAGACAGAAGGAAUAAAAGUUCGAAACCAUUAAAGUGUGCUGAGUCCCUCGCAAGAAUUCAAGCUGGCCUGACCAACACGGCCAACAAGAGGGAGCGAGUCAAGAUCCUGCACAAGAAGAUUGAGGACCUGAUGAAGUACCUGGACCCUCAGUUCACCGACCACAUCGCUGUGCCUGACACCAUGAAGCUGGAGUUUAUUCUCGCCGAGGAGGACUUCCUGAUUUCCCAGGCUGCUUUGCUGGAGCAGGCCAGCAAUUUGCAGCCGCUGCUGGAGAGCACCUACAUCCGAGAUGUUCCCGAGCACUCGACCAAGCUCCAGCGUCUCUCCCAGAUUCAUAUCAAACAGCAGGACCAGGCGGAUGUUCAGUCGCUGGAAGUAAAGAGGCUUUUUGAGGAAUACAACAAAAUGAUGUUCCUGCUGUCCAAGCAGUUCACCCAGUGGGACGAGAACCUGAGGAAGCUGGAGGAGGCCAAGGGCAUCCGGCCCGUGGAGUAACUCCCAUUUGUGAUGAUUUGUGUAGCUUUAUGAGGUGGAAAAAAUACAAAGCGAUUUUGGAAGUGUUGAGUUGCUAGCCUGAAGAAAACGAAACAACAGAAGGCACACGACUCUUCUUCAGCUGUCUGGAAGAUUUGACUCCGAGUCACCCUGCUCUUAUUUAUUUGUACACAUUCUACUCUUACAGUCGUUUGUUAGAUUUACUCGCAUUCCAGCUCAUCUCCUGCAAGUUGAGUCAUAAGACAUUGAGCACCUGACCCGCAUCGUUUUUUUCCUGUCCGUUUGUCUCCUGACAUGGACAAUGCCUCUGUUUGUGUCAAGAUGUCACAACGUGACUUCGGUUAAGCAAAUAAAAAAGGUUUUAUUGGA